GGCAACUAAGACCCACCAUUUCCGGGGUAAACCAAUCGGACCCUUCAAUUCUGACUUGAGCAGACAUGACUCUUUUUUUCUUCUUCUUUUCCUUCUCUUACUUUACAUAAUCGACGACCUUGUCUCUCCACUAGAGCAGCAUUAUUGCGUGCUAGCGUUGAGUGUCUUGUCGGGUGCUGUAAGUGGUGCAAAAGUAACACUCCAAAAGAGUUGGUGGUACUCGAGGAUUCCCCGGUUGCUGCGUCCUGCAAACCACCGUACUCAUCACGUGGCAAUGGGUCGCCCGCGCAUAUUGUUCAUUGACGCCUACGAUUCUUUCAGUAACAACAUCGUCUCAUUGCUUACCACGGUCUUGGGCGCCGAUGUAGAUGUCCUGCAUAUUGACCCCCCGCACCUGAGCCCUGAGAAGGCUGGCUUCAAGCAGUUGCUGAGCAAGCAGAUAAGGCCAUAUCAUGCCGUCGUCUGCGGUCCAGGACCUGGAGCCCCUGAUGUGGAUAAGGAUGUCGGCAUCAUGAAACAUAUAUGGGCUCUCGAGGGACAAGAUCUACCGCCCGUUCUCGGAAUAUGUCUGGGCUUUCAAAGUCUGGUUGUCAGCUGCGGGGCAGUCGUGAAGAGACUGCAAACUGGCUUGCACGGGAUGAUUCGGCAGAUCGAUCACCUAAAAACAAAGGAUAAUGCAAACAUAUUCGCCGAUGUUCCCACGUUCAAGGCAACAUUGUAUCACAGCCUGCACGCAGAUGUUGGGCAACAGUCCAUCUCUGCACCAGAGUGGCAAACUGCAAAAUGGGAUUCCCCACCCCUUUUCCCAGACGUUGUGCCACUAGCUUGGACGUACGAAGAUCGCGGGGAUGCGGUCGAGCGCAUCCUGAUGGGCGUCAGGCAUCGGAGCAAACCAUUCUGGGGUCUGCAGUACCACCCUGAGUCGAUCUGUACAGAGUCGAUUGGCCACCAGGUCAUCAAGAACUGGUUUCAGGAAGCGAUGGCAUGGAACCACGCUACCGGCCGAAAUCCAAAGUCUGUAAUCCCCGAAACGACAAUCAGUGAGAGAUUGGAGACAUCGACUAUCGCAAGGAAUUCACCAGUCGACAACCGUUCCUCGCGGGUGGGAGACGACGGUAUCCUAUCUUCAUUUGGACUCGGUGCCCAAUAUCUCUCACAUUCUAUUGACAUUCCGCUGCACAUUGAGGUUCCGGACGUGGUUGAAAUACUACAAGAUGGCAAGAACGAGUUCAUAGUACUCGAUUCGGCAAGCGCAAAAAUCAGGCGGACCGGAUUAGAUGUGCGCGGGAGAUACAGCAUUAUCGCCCUUGACGUGGACGAAGCAGUGAAACUUGAGUACAGGACCGGGUCAGGACGCGUUAUCAUACGCGGUGGCUCUCCGGCGUCGUCAACGGGGGGCGACACGAUCGAAAAGGUAAACCUCGAUCCGAGCCGAACAAUAUGGCAAUUCCUAGCCGACAUCUGGUCGAAACGGCAAAUCCAAAGCCGUGACACCCCAGACCCCUUUAUCGGCGGCUUUAUGGGGUACACGACAUAUGAGCUCGGACUAGAAGGUAUCAACGUCGAGUUGCACAAGGAGCGACGCCACAGUCGGCCAGACUUGUGCUUCGCGUGGGUAACCAGGAGCAUCGUGAUAGACCAUUUAGAGGGCGUACUGCGCAUUCAAAACCUCUCGUCCUCGGAAGCCGACGGCCAGCAGUGGCUCGAGUCCAUCGCUGACAAGCUCGUGUCCUCGCCGACCUGGUCCAAUGCGCUGGCGGGCAGCAACUUCGACGGCAAGGCGCACCAAAGCAAUCAACUCACGCCACCUCACACCCCCACGUCAGGACACAUGGCGCCCGAGAUCAGCGUACCCGCCGCGUCGGAGUACGAGUCGAAAGUGCGCUUAUGCCAAGAGUACAUUGCCGCGGGGGACUCGUACGAGCUGUGUCUGACGGACCAGACGCUGAUCACGCAAGCCCGGAGCCGGUUCGAAGGCGCCCUCCUCCCCCGAACGCACGACAACAAAAAACCGUCUUUCUCCUCCUCAUCGCCGUCGUCAUGGCAGUUAUACCGGUCCCUGCGCACGCGCCAGCCGGCGCCCUUCGGGUCGUACAUGCGUCUCGGGGGCGCCACGCUCGUGAGUUCGUCGCCAGAGCGCUUCCUGACGUUCGACAGCGGAGGACUCUGCUCGAUGCGGCCCAUGAAAGGCACGGUGCGGAAAUCACCGCUGGUAUCCACGCUCGCGGCCGCGGAGAAAGUCCUGCACGUCCCGAAAGAAGAAGCCGAGAAUCUCAUGAUCGUCGACCUCGUCAGACAUGAUCUGCACAGCGUGUGCGGGCCGGGGAAUGUCGACGUGCCGCAUUUGUUGAAGGUGGAAGAGUAUGCGAGCGUGUUUCAGAUGAUCAGCGUGGUGGAGGGACGGCUUCCGAGGCCUUCGUCUCACGAUAAUCAUGGUGACGAUGGAAAGGAACCUAGACUCACGGGCCUCGAUGUCCUGGCAGCUAGUCUGCCCCCCGGGAGCAUGACGGGCGCCCCGAAGAAGCGCAGCUGCGAGAUCCUCCAGACCCUCGAGGGCCCGCGCGGUAGCGAGCGCAGCUUGUACUCUGGCGUCGUGGGGUACAUGGACGUUGCGGGCCGGGGGGACUGGAGCGUGACGAUCCGGAGCUUGUUCCGCUGGGAUGACGAGAUCACUUCAACCACUUCUGCUUCUAUUUCUGCUCUCGAGGGAACGGGAGGAAAGGAGUCGGCGAUGGAGACGUGGCAUAUCGGUGCCGGCGGAGCCGUCACGGCGCUGAGCACGCCCGAGGGCGAGACGGAUGAGAUGUUCACGAAGUUGAAAGGGCCCGUGGGUGUAUUUGAGGAAGCUUGAAAGACGUCGGCCCACGAUCUUAUCCUGGGAUCUUUGGUUUCGCGAAUGUAUUG